AUGGAAGGCGAAGCCCGUCAACUAAUAGUCAUGCCAGCAUCUCUCGAAGAUGUCAGAAUCAAACGACUCCCGUCACGCGCUUACUACAUCGCAGACUUCAUCAGCGAAGAAGAAGAGCAAGUUCUCUUGAAGAAGAUCGAAACAGCUCCGAAGCCUCGAUGGAAGCAACUUUCACGUCGGAGACUCCAGACUUGGCCAUCUGAUUUGAAUAAGGACACUCUCUUGGACUCUCCUCUACCGACAUGGUUGACGGAACCUGUAAUCUCUCGGUUGCUUUCUUACCAGAUGUCUGUCGAAGAUGGCGAGAAGUCAAAAAAGCUGGUCCCGAACCAUGUCCUAAUCAACGAAUAUUUGCCAGGGCAGGGAAUAAUGCCUCACAAAGAUGGCGCUGCAUAUUAUCCCGUGGUAUGCACAGUUAGCCUGGGAGCCAGUAUUUGUUUGGAUAUUUAUGGCAGCAAAGAGGAUGGAGCUGUGGAAGAUCAGCCACGAUGGCGGAUUCUUCAGGAGCCACGAUCCUUACUCAUUACCGCAGGGGAGCUUUACACGGACUAUCUGCAUGGCAUAGCAGAAGUCAAUGAAUAUGUUGACCUUAAUCCAACAACUGUCUCUAAUUGGGAGCUCCUUCGAUCUCCCGAUGAAAUCGUAAAUGGAAAACUCGAGCGCCGAACACGAACAAGCCUCACGUAUCGCCAUGUAAUCAAGGUAUCGAAGCUGGGCGCGAAACUGGGAAUUUUUGGCAAGCGUUGA